ACUCUGCUCACGUGGCACAAACGAGAGCCAAUCAGGAAGCGAGCAGUUUGGCGAAUGCAUAAGCAUAACAUUUAAAUAUAUGGCGGCCGACCAACAGACAGCCAGAGCCGGACAGUGAGACGGACUUCAGAAAAUGGACGUAUCUUGUAUAAUGUGUGCUGCAAGUCUUGGCUCAACAGAAACGGCGAGGAGAAUAGUUGGCCAAGAAAUCACCACCGCAAUACUGUUAGCAGUCUGCUGAGCAAGAAGAAGAAGAAGAAGGAGGAGGAAAAGAAGGGUUGAUUAAACACCAAAAGCGCUGCAAAGUCCUGCGGUGUGUCUACCGAUGCGGGCCAAGUAGCCGCCAGAAUCCGGGGACAUCCCCGGGUUUGAAUGAUUGUGGUGAGGAUGAGUAUGGAGGAUUACGACUACUUGUUCAAAAUCGUUCUGAUCGGGAACGCCGGCGUUGGGAAGACAUGUCUCGUACGCCGCUUCACUCAGGGCCUUUUCCCACCCGGGCAAGGCGCCACCAUCGGAGUGGACUUCAUGAUUAAAACAGUGGAAAUCAAAGGGCAGAAGGUGAAGCUUCAGAUAUGGGACACGGCGGGACAGGAGAGGUUCCGCUCCAUCACUCAGAGUUAUUACCGCAGUGCCAACGCCCUCAUUCUCACCUACGACAUUACCUGCGAGGACUCCUUCAGGUGCCUUCCCGAGUGGCUGAGGGAGAUCGAGCAGUACGCCAACAACCAGGUGCUGACUAUAUUAGUGGGUAACAAAAUCGACCUGGCCGAGAAGAGGGAGGUCCAGCGGCAGAGGGCCCAGGACUUCGCCGAGGCUCAGAGCAUGCUGUACCUGGAGACGUCCGCCAAAGAGUCCGACAAUGUGGAGAAGCUCUUCCUGGACCUUGCCUGCGAGCUCAUCCGCGAGGCCAAGCAGAACAAGCUGGACAACAAUGACGCCGCCCCCAUGCCUGGCGAGGGCAAGACCAUCAGCUACCUGAGCUGCUGCAGCCUCAACUAGCGCUCCGCACGCAGUGGCCGUCGACUGACUGUAGGGGGCGACCAGCCCGACCCGGACACCUCUGUCCCGCUGAGUUGACGCUAACCUCUAACAUCCUUACCUUCGAGCAUUUUUUCAUUUCUACCCCCAUGCCUUUGAACAUGUGGCGCUGGCCUUCUUGGAUGCAACCUUCCCCGCUAGGGAAUCCACACAGGGCUCCAUCUCCCGUCGUCCUAGUGACAGGACAGAAUCACACCGACGGGGUUUUCUUUCUUUUUUCUUUUUUUUUUUUUUUUUUACAUGUCAACAUUCACCAGCAGUGUUAACCGACUGAAACGCUCCUCUGCUGGGUCGUUUGCUUCAGGGUAGGACAAGUUGAAACUCAUUAUUAGAAACAGAAAGUUUACAUAUAGAAUGUUUUCCCCCACUAAUUCUUUGUCUUUGUGUCAUUGCUGAGUAGUUCUUUGCACCUGUUCCACAAACUGUGAAAUAUUUGACUCCUCCUUGCUGCUAUACAGUAUCUUCAUCAACUGAAUCUGUAUUUUAUUCCAUUUUUUUAGUCCAUGCAGUCUGAAAAUGACUCUGCAGGUGUAAAUCCAACAUUUUAAGCCGCUACUAUUUUUAUAGGCAAGUGUUGUUUGUUUUUUUAAUCCAUACACAUGAAUGUUUCUCAUUGUAAUAUUACCCGUUGAACUGAAAGCUCGCUUUUGUUUCUUCUGAGUUGUUUCAUAUGCUUUUAUUGUGAAAACCUCUAGAUUGCCCAGCAUGUUUUGCCAUAACUGGUAUAGUGAUCAUAUAUUUAUAAUAACUGUAACGUACUGUAUUGCACAAUGCCGUAUACUGCACACUUCCUGUUUUUUUUUUUUUACUGUAACAUGUUCGUCUUUUUGUUGUACAAACUUAGUAGUACAUUUUAGCACUUUUUUUUAAUUUGAUACUUUAAUUGACAAAGGCAGACGUUUUUUGUGUUUUGCUUUCUUAGAUUCAACAUCAGUUACUUAUUGUUGAUCAGUUGGUUAUGCAGUAGGAAAACACUAUGGGGAUGUUUAUUUUCCAUUUUGUGUACAAAAUAUGAAAAUAACUGUAUAAUAUUAAAUAAUCCUACUAAAUACA